CAGCGGCGCGGUGGCUGCCGGAAGCAAUUCCGCAGUGGUUGCCGGGAUCGCGGUGAUGUGGCCCCCCCGCCCAUUCCCCCCUCCCCGUCCCAGGAUGUCGGAAGAAACCCGACAGAGCAGAUUGGCCGCGGCCAAGAAAAAGCUGAGGGAGUAUCAGCAGAAGAACAGCUCUGGUGUUUCUGCAGGAGCUAAGAAGAAAAAGAAGGCUAAAUAUGGCAGUAGCCCUGAGACCACCACUUCUGGUGGUUGUCACUCGCCUGAGGAUAUUCAGGACAUUCUGAAGGUGCUGGUGUCCGACCUUAACCGCUCCAAUGGGGUAGCGUUCCCCCCAUUGGACAAGUGGAAGGCGCCCAAAGACCUCACCACUCCUGCUUUACCAACUGCUGGCGAUGCCAUACCACCUGGUGAUGUCCCUUCCCCCAGUGCUAGUCUCCCUUGUGUCACUAGCAUGGCGUCAACUCAGAACUAUGAUGCUGAAAAUGGUCCUUCUCUAAUGGAUGAAUGCAAGUCUUUUUCAUCUACCGAGAGCCUGCGACAGCUUUCUCAGCAGCUCAACGGUCUUGUGUCGGAGUCCACAUCCUACAUCAAUGGGGAGGGCCUAGCAUCUUCUGUUAACAUAAAGGACCUGGAGAGCCGGUACCAAGAGCUAGCGGUAGCCCUGGAGUCCAGCAAUCUAACAAACAAACAACUCAGUAGCAAGAUAGAGGAAUUGAAACAGCAGAACCAAGACACACUGGAGCAACUAGAAAAGGAGAAGAAGGAGUGUGAGCAAAAGCGUGCGAAGGAGCAAGGGGCUCUGAGAGAGCAGCUGCAGGUUCAUAUCCAGACUAUAGGGAUUCUCGUGUCUGAGAAGACUGAACUACAGACAGCCCUGGCCCACACCCAGCAGGCUGCCCGGCAGAAAGCAGGGGAGUCGGAGGAUCUCGCCAGUCGCCUGCAGUCUUCCCGCCAGCGCGUGGGAGAGCUGGAGCGGACACUGUCUGCCGUGUCUAGGCAGCAGAAGCAGGCGGACAGGUACAACAAGGAAUUAACCAAAGCACGGGAUGCCCUCAAGCUGGAGUUGUACAAGAACAACAAAAGCAAUGAGGACCUGAAGCAGCAGAACUCAGAACUGGAGGAGAAGCUUCAGGUCGUGGUGUCGGAGAAGGCGGCUGUGCAGCUCGGGAUGGAGCAGCUGCAGAAGAAGCUGGAGAUGUCAGAGCUCCUGCUGCAACAGUUUUCUAAUCAACCUGAAACUCCUGAUAGCAACCAGCAGUUACAGCAGGCCCUGGAAGAGCGGGCACAGCUGGAAACACAUGUGGGGCAGCUGAAGGACUUGCUGCAACAACUGCAGAUGGAGAGAGACCAGUACAUAGAGAAUCUGAAAGAGGAGGGUGCUGUUUGGCGACAGAGGAUGCAGCAGAUGUCUGAGCAGAUGAACAAGUUGAGGGAGGAGAAAGAGCACAGAACGAGUCAGGUGCAGGAGCUGGAGGCCAGCCUCGCUGAACUGAGGAGCCAGAUAGCUGUUCCCCCGGCCCCAGAGCCCCCAGCAGGGCCCUCAGAGGUGGAACAGCAGCUGCAAGUGGAGGCCAAGAAGUUAAAGGAGGAACUGGAAAGCCUGGCAGAGCGGCUGCGGGCUCAGGUGCAAGACAAUGACGGUUUGAGUCGCCUGAAUCGAGAGCAGGAGCAGCGGCUGCUGGAGCUCGAGCGGGCAGCCGAGUGCUGGGGGGAGCAGGCGGAGGAGCGCAGGCAGAUCCUGGAGAGCAUGCACAGCGACCGCACCACCAUCAGCCGCGCGCUCGCCCAGAACCGCGAGCUCAAGGAGCAGCUGGCCGAGCUGCAGAACGGCUUCGUCAGGCUGACCAAUGAGAACAUGGAGAUUACCAGUGCACUGCAGGCGGAGCAGCAUGUCAAAAAGGAGCUGGCCAAGAAGCUGGGCCAGCUGCAGGAGAAGCUGGGGGACCUGAAGGAGACGGUGGAGCUGAAGAGCCAAGAGGCUCAGAGUCUCCAGGAGCAGCGGGACCAGUAUGCAAGCCACCUGCAGCAGUAUGCGGUCACCUGCCAGCAGCAUGUGGCUGCCUACCAGCAGCUGGCCUCCGAGAAGGAGGGGCUGCACAAGCAGGUCCUGCUGCACACCCAGCUUUUGGACCAGCUACAGCACCAGGAAGUUCAGGGCAAGGUGGCGGUCGAGAUGGCCCGCCAGGAGUUGCAGGAGACCCAGGAGCGCCUGGAAGCUGCCAACCAGCAGAACCAGCAGCUGCAGGCCCAACUGAGCCUCUUGGCUAUGCCUGGGGAAGGAGAGGGACUGGACAAUGAGAAGGACGAGGAGGCUCCCCAGCCAAAGCUGAGCCUGCCGGAGGACCUCGAUGGCCGAGAGGCCAUGGUGGCAUUUUUUAACUCGGCUUUGGCCAGUGCUGAGGAAGAACAGGUGUGGCUGCGCCGGCAGCUGAAGGCGCAGAAGCAGCAGUGCCAACGCCUGGCUCACCUGGUGGCUCCUACUCAGCACGAGCUGGACAGGGAGGCCCCAGCCCCUGGGACCGGCGGCAACAGUGUGCCUGCAGAGACUCACCAGGCCCUCCAGCUGGCCAUGGACAAGCUGCAGAGCCGCUUUACAGAGCUCAUGCAGGAGAAAGUGGAUCUGAAGGAGCGGGUGGAAGAGCUGGAGCACCGCUGCAUCCAGCUGUCUGGAGAGACAGACACAAUCGGAGAGUACAUUGCCCUUUACCAGAAUCAGAGGGCAGUGCUGAAGGAGCGGCACCGGGAGAAGGAGGAGUACAUCAGCCGGCUGGCUCAGGACAAGGAGGACAUGAAGGUGAAGCUGCUGGAGCUGCAGGAGCUGGUGCUACGCCUAGUGGGCGAGCGGAAUGAAUGGUAUGGCAAGUUCCUGGCUGCUACCCAGAACCCGGCUGGUGAGCCCAGUACACCCCCAGCCCCUCAGGAGCUGGACAUGGCCGACAGCCCGGGUGACCUCCGGGAGGUGAGCCUCUCCGACAACGGGGAGCCUGCCCAGGGAGAGGCCCUGCCUGAGAAUCCCACUGCACAGCAGAUCAUACGGCUGCUGCGUGAGAUCCAGAACCCCCAGGACCAUCCAGGCUUAGGCAGCAGCCCCUGCAUCCCCUUCUUCUAUCGGGCCGAUGACAACGAUGAGGUGAAGAUCAUGGUGGUCUAAUAGCCUGCUGCCAGCCGGCAGAGCCCAUAGGAAUGGGGCCGGGGCUCUGCUCCCACCUUGUCACCCCCCACCAUCCUGGCCUCUCUUUCCCAGUCACCCGUUUAUCCCUAGAUAAGUAAAAUAGGACUCCUGAGAAGGGGUAUGCUGAACACCCUAAUGGGGGGAGACAGUUAGGUGCAGACCCCUUGCCACCUUGCUAGGGCUGUCUUAUCUCUGGACUACUAAUAGUUCCGGAAGAGCAAAGAGCCAGAGGCUCAGCAAAUAUAGUUAUUUAGGAGGCUGCCUUUCUCGGGGAGCAGGGGCUCCUCAGUUGGCCUCCUCACCCCCACCGAGCAGCCCUCCAUUCAGAGGGGCUCAGGCAUCCUCUAUUCAGAGGUACUUUGGGGCCCAAGUGCCCCCUCUUGCCCAGCUUCACAACUGGAUGGCACUCUCACAGGCCUGGGGACAGCUAGGGUAAACCGAGGCCAGUCAAGGGCAGAGCUCCCCCCCCGUGUACAUACUGUAUCUGUGUACCAUUUUGUAUAUUUGGGAGUGGGGCAGCCCCCUGUAUCAUAGUUGAGGUUGGAGGUGGCAAAUGAGGAGAAGGGUCUAUUAAAUAUUUGGGGAUGGAGAAACUUAUUUAUUGAUAGCAUAGAACAGAAGAAGGAGGCGGGGACGGGGUUAUGCCUGCGUGAUUCGACUCCUGUGUCGCUUUUUAUUUCGGAAUAAAUGGAUUUAGCCAUA